UUUACUUUUCUUACUUCCUACUUGAGUAUUUAAUUUCUGGGUUUUUAUAACAGAAUAACAAAAAUUAUAGGAAAACUGAAAAUGAAUGUUGACUUUCUCUGUAAUUAUUUUCUAUUUCCUAUUUAUUUCUACUUAAAAAUAACACCUAAAACACCUUUGCCACUCUAUCUACUAGGAUCAUAUAGUACUCCCUGGAAAGCCAUUCGAUUUUCCAACUUACAAGUGUUUCAAAUUUUCUACGUUUGUUAUUGCUGAGAAAUAGAAAAACCAAAAAUAUUCAUUCCAUUUUAUUUCCCGACCCAAAUCGAGUGGAUAAGUUAUAGAAAAUGCCUGGACAGUACACCAACUACAAGUGCACCCGCUUAGCAUUGGUCCUGCUGCGUUGCAUUUGGGCCAUGUUUUACCUCUGGGGUAUGUUGCAUGCUGCAGCCAUCAUGCCGAUUCCAUACGAGCACUUGCAACCAGGCUUGUUCACGAAAAAACGUAUCUAUAUAAUGGACUAUAGGAGCCUAUUUGAUUUCAAAAUGAGCAAGGAGAUCUCCAACCAAGCCCUGGUGCUGCUAAUGAUGUUCGGUUUGUUUCGAAGCUGCCGUUGCAGUUUUGUUGGAUCUCGGAACUCGGUCCCUAAAAAGGAUAAUUCCGGUCUGAACUAUUGGCUAUUGAUCUUCCAGAUUCCCUACAUUAUAUACUUUCUCUUUUACUAUGCAGUAAGCAUCUUGAUAACUCUGUAUGCAUUUCUUCUUCUGGUAUUUAGAGAUCAAAGUGAUAGAACCUUAAUUGUGGCCUGCCAAGUGUUGACUGGCAUGAUCUUCAAGCUGCUGGUUUUGGCCAAUUUCUAUAUGGUCCUUGUGCGUAUCUGGGCCUAUUUGAACAUACUCCACGUGGAGGCGGCUAAGGGAAAACCUAACUAUGGCAACUUCGGUGAUCACUUGAAUUUGUUCUUUCGACUUUGAGGAAGUACGAAGUACCUUUCUUCAAUUUUCGUUCUUUUAGUUUAAAAUAAAAAUGGUCUCUUAGGCA